AGACACACAGGAAGCGCUACAGCAACAAUAAGGACCAAAAAAGGAGACUUAAGAAAUAUUACACACGCGUGCCAGAAAAACCAGAGUAAGAAAAGCAGCAUUUGGAUCGGGGUGAGCAUCUCAGGACACAGAACAAUAGGAUUCACACACCCAGAUUUCUGCAGGACGCUCCGCUGCAUACUGUUGUUUUGUUUUUGAUUUGAAGAUCAGAUUUUUAAUCAAGAAGAAAAUCUGGAGGAGGAAAAAUUAUUUCUGAUCACUGCAGACAGAGGUGAGGAUGAACAAGACAGAAAUGUUCGGGUUCUCCCUGGAGACGGACGACAGGACGGAGGAGGAGAAAACAAGGCAAAGAGCAGCAAAGAAGGAUUGCCAGGAGGCCCCCAAGGCUCCCAUGGACACCGAUUACCAGGAGGAAAUGGAGGCGACAAAGCCUCAAAUCAGAUUCAAUCUCAACUUCGACAAUUAUUUUGUUUGUAGAGGGAUUCGCGGUGAAGCGCAGGACAACAGCAAGAGAGACAGCAAGACGUUCGACAUCGUCAGGCUGUUUGAGGCCGUGGCCAGCCGGGACAUCAGACAGCUGGACGGCCUGCACCAGUACCUGCACAAAAGCAUGAAGAAACUCUCCGACUCCUUAUAUAAGUCCUAUGGUAAAACCGCCCUGAUGAAGGCUCUGCUGCACAUCAAAGACAACAAGAACGACACUGUGGAGUUAUUACUUGACAUUUCAGAGAAGCUGGGCGACAUUAACGAGUUUGUGAACGCAGCCUACACUGACAGCUAUUACAAAGGCCAGACCGCUCUCCACAUAGCCAUUGAGAGGAGGAGUCUCUCCUAUGUGAAACUGCUGGUCAGUAAAGGAGCCAAUGUCCACGCCAAAGCCUGUGGAAAAUUCUUCCAGCCACAUGACGGACCAUACUUUUACUUUGGUGAGCUGCCUCUGUCUCUGGCAGCCUGCACCAACCAGGCUGACGUGGUGGACUUCCUGAUGGAUAACGAGUACCUGCGAGCAAACGCAGAGCUGGCCGACUCUCAGGGCAACACGGUGCUGCACGCCCUGGUGGUGGUGGCCGACAACUCCGAGGACAACACAGACUUUAUCACCAGCAUGUACGACCGCAUCCUCAAGACCACCGCCCGACUGCAUCCCAAGCUGAAGCUGGAGGACAUCGAGAACCAGAACAGGCUGACGCCUCUCAAAAUGGCUGCCAAGACGGGCAAGAUAGCGCUUUUUUCACACAUCCUGAAACGUGAAUUCCAAGACAUUAGCACCAAACACUUGUCCCGAAAAUUCACUGAGUGGGUCUACGGGCCCGUCCACUGCUCCCUGUACGACCUGGCCUCGGUGGACUCGUGCGAGGACAACUCCGUCAUGGAGAUACUGAUCUACGGCAGCGACAUUCCUAACCGUCACGAGAUGCUUCAGACGGAGCCUCUGAGCCGACUGCUGGAGGAGAAGUGGAAGAAGUUUGCAGGUCGAAUGUUUUUCACCAACUUCCUGUUCUACAUCAUGUACCUGAUCAUCUUCACCCUUGUGGCCUACAAUAAGAAGUAUGGGAAGCCGCCGUUUCCCCUCGAACGCACCACCACCGGUUACCUGUAUGCUUCAGGCCAGCUCCUGACACUACUGGCAAACUGCUAUUUCUUUUUCAUAGGGAUAAUUGACAUGAAGAGGAAGCGCCCGAAGCUGCAGACUUUGCUGAUUGAUGGAUAUUAUGAGAUUCUUUUUUUCAUGCAGGGCGUCCUCUUCCUGUUCUCGGCCGGUCUGUAUCUGUGCGGGAGGAAGGAGUACCUCGGCCUCCUGGUGCUGUGUCUCGCUCUGAGCUGGGUGAACCUGCUCUACUUCUCCCGGGGCGACAUACACAUGGGCAUCUACAGUGUCAUGAUACAGAAGAUGAUCCUCAGUGACAUCCUGCGCUUUCUUUUUGUCUAUGUUGUCUUCCUCUUUGGAUUUUCAGCAGCGGUGGUCAGCCUGCUCAUAAUGCCUCCUGAGACUAACACCACUGAAACCACUCAAGGGGGGAAAGGACGUUUCUUAAUUCCCCUUAACCCUGAUGAGGAGUGCCUGAAACCCGGCUUCAGUAACAUCUCCUACACCACACUGCAGCUCUUCAAGUUCACCAUCGGCAUGGGAGACAUGGAGUUCACCCAGGACUACGAGUACAUUGGGGUUUUCUACGUGCUCCUCAUCGGCUACAUCAUACUCACCUACAUCCUGCUGCUCAACAUGCUCAUCGCCCUCAUGAACCGCACCGUGGAGAAGAUCACCAUGGAGAGCACCAGCAUCUGGAAGCUGCAGAGAGCCAUCACCAUCAUGGACAUGGAGAAACGGCUGCCCUGCUGUCUGAGGGGGAGGUUUCGUUGUGGGGUGGAGAAGAAGCUGGGCACUGCUCUCGGAGAUGACCAUCGCUGGUGUUUCAGAGUGGAGGAAGUCAACUGGAACAAAUGGAACAUCAACCUGGGCAAAAUCGAUGAGGAUCCCGGCUGCUGGAAUCAUGUACAACAGCCUACCUCAGACACCCCGCCGAACAGAAUGAACAGAGGGAGGAGCUGGAGAGGCUUCUUCACGGAGGGCAGCCGGCGGCGGCAGACACACCAGUCCACAGAGAUGGGUCUUCUGAGCACCACACAGGCCUAAAGAGACAAAAGAGAGCCUCACUCUGGCUGCUCAGCCUGACUGACCUGAGCAACACGGCAUUAAAAGCUCAAGACAUUAUUCACUUUAAGUUCCUCAAGAAAUUUUUACUGCCAAACGGGUGAACUGCCUCUCUGACUGACUGAUACUCCAGUUGUCAGCUUGGUUUUAAAUUUAAUCUUGGAGGGGUGAUAUUUCACUGACAUGAAGAGUGAUGAGGAAGCUGCAGUAGGUAUUUAUCUGACUGACAUAAUGGUGUUAAGAAGUAGAACUUAUCAAUGCUGGAAGCUGCAACACGUGCUGCUUAAAUACCAUGUGUUUGAAACACAUUAACUAUUUCAUCCAAAGGUCGCCGCACAUACUGUUUCUGCCACCACCUGAACACGACGCACAUCCUCUCUGCAAAGAAGGCCACAACCUGCCGGCACCUAUGGCAUUGCUCAAAAUCCUCCGUGGAGUAAUACUGAUCAGGAAGGUGCUGAUCCUGCCCCCCCGCUGCGUGCCCUUUAUACGAGUCCCAUUUUCAUCACAGCCAGACAAGCUAAAUCUACUGCAGCCAGAUAGUCCUGCGGAUUUCACAGCUUGCUUUGUCUACUCGUCUCCCUGUUUCUAUUUGGCAGAGGUAGGCUCGGAUAAACGGCAUGACAGCACAGCAAUUGGUGCAAUCACCACCUUCAGCACUAGCUGUCGCAGUUACAAAUUAUAUGUGGUUUGGACGGGCCUUGGCCCCGGACUGUUCAGCCACUGGUUAGGCUGAUUAUGUAAGAAAUAAGUGUGUGAAUAGUGACCUAC